AUGGAAAUGGUUGCUCUAGAAAACCAAACUAUUAAAGAAUUUGUCCUCCUUGGUUUCCAUGACAUAGCUGAGCUGCAUCUCCUUUUCUUUAUUGUGUUCACUGUCAUCUACAUCUCCACUGUCAUGGGGAAUGUGCUAAUCAUUGUGGUGGUGGUUAGCUCACAGAGGCUCCACACACCCAUGUAUUUCUUCCUGGCUAACUUGUCCUUCCUGGAGAUCUUCUACACCUCCACAGUGGUGCCAAAAAUGCUGCAGGGCUUCUUGCAGAAGGCAGCCAUCUCUGUGGCUGGAUGCUUGCUCCAGUUCUUUAUCUUCGGUUCUCUAGCCACAGCUGAAUGCUUCAUGCUGGCCGUCAUGGCCUAUGAUCGAUACCUGGCAAUCUGCUAUCCACUCCACUAUCCCCUUCUGAUGGGGCCCAGAGGGUGCUUGGGGCUGGUGCUCAUAGCUUGGUUCUCUGGUUUCAUGGUGGAUGGAUUGGUUGUGGCCCUAAUGGGCCAACUGAGGUUCUGUGGCCCCAGCCAGAUUGACCACUUUUACUGUGACUUCAUGCCUUUGAUGGGCCUUGCCUGCUCAGAUCCCAGCAUUGCCCAGAUGACAACAUUUGUUCUCUCUGUGGUCUGCCUCACUAUCCCCUUUGGACUGAUUCUGACAUCCUAUGCCCGGAUUGUGGUAGUUGUGCUAAGAGUCCCUGCAGGGGCCCAGAGGCAGAGGGCUUUCUCCACUUGUUCCUCCCACCUGGCAGUAGUGUCCACCUUCUAUGGAACUCUCAUGGUCUUGUACAUUGCACCGUCUGCCGUCCACUCCCCACUCCUCUCCAAGGUCUUUGCUCUGCUCUACACUGUGGUCACCCCUCUUCUCAAUCCUGUGAUCUACACCCUAAGGAAUAAGGAGAUUCAUCAUGCACUGCAGAGGCUUUUGUGUAUUAAGCACAUUGAAACACCUGAUUGA